GAGGCGAAGCUCCCCAUCUCAACACUACCAUAAUCACCAUUUUUCUUUACAUUUUAGAAUGGCAAAAACAGCUUUCUCAAAUCCCAUCCAAGUCAUGGUCAUGGCAUUUUUGGUUGUUACCAUGCUGCUCUUUUCCUCUGAAGUGGCAACUGCUAUGCUCAAUGAUGAAGCACAACUUAAUCUUGGAAGGAGGACUCUUCUGGCUGAAAGCACAACUGGACGUGGGGGAUACAAUGAAUAUCCUGAGGGCCGAAGCGGAUACAAUGAAAACCCUAAUGGCAGAGGAGGAUAUAACGAGCAGCCUAAUGGACGAGGAGGAUAUAAUAAACACCCAACAGGCCGAGGGGGAUACAAUUAACCACUACUAGUACCCUAUAUGGCCUGAGGAUAGAAUUGAAGUAUAAGUCUAGAAAACAUCUGUGCCAUGUUUUAAGUUUGAUGCUCGAAUAAAUAUAUCCUCAGGUUCUAAAUUAAAGAUAUAUGUUUUAUUAAGUAGGGCUAUGGCCAUAGACGUGUGUUGUUUUUAUUCAAAAGAUCCUUGUAUGCGUGUGAUAAUUAAUAAAGCUCCCAUGAGUUGCAGUUGUUGUUGA